UCAGAUUUGACAGAGCGCUAUUUGAACGCUGCUGCUGUUGCUGUAGUUUACGUGUUGCUACCGGUGUUUGUUGGCAAUAGACGAAAUCAAUUUUCUCAAGCCAUCGUGUAAUCUCACUGCUGUUGACGUCAAACAUGUCUGUGGACACUCGGGCGCUGUCUCUUCCAUCCCUCCUUAACCCAGGUAAGGGAAAGCCCGCGGCAGCAAAAGCGAGAGCUGUUCUCGGAGAGCUCACCAACUUUCCCGGCGUUACAGUCAAUACACAGAUGUGUGGAGCAGCCAAAGCAUCAACCAAGUCCUCCGGUGUCCAAAUAGCAAAGCCUGCAGUAAAGCUUGUGCCUGUAGUCAGAGUUGUCCCACUUCAAGCACCUGCAGCUCUUCCUCCAGUCUCCGAGGAAUCUGCCGACGUGUCCAUGGAUGAGCAGGAACUGUGCCAAGCUUUCUCUGAGGCUCUGCUUGAUGUUCAAGAUGUCGAUGAGGAAGACUCAGACCAGCCACAGCUCUGUUCAGAAUAUGUCAAAGACAUCUAUAACUAUCUGCAUGUCCUGGAGGUCCAGCAGGCUGUGCAAGCGAAUUACAUGCAGGGCUAUGAAAUAACGGAACACAUGCGAGCUGUUCUCAUCAACUGGCUGGUCCAGGUUCACUCCAGGUUUCAGCUGCUGCAGGAGACCCUGUACCUCACGGUUGCCGUCCUGGAUCGGUUUCUGCAGGUCCAACCAGUUUCCCGCAGAAAGCUGCAGCUGGUUGGUGUGACUGCUAUGCUGGUGGCCUGUAAGUAUGAAGAGAUGUACGCGCCAGAGGUUGGUGACUUCGCCUACAUGACGGACAACGCCUUUUCAAAGUCUCAGAUCAUUACAAUGGAGCAAAUUAUUUUGAAGAAGCUUAAUUUCCAACUGGGUCGUCCUCUUCCAUUGCACUUCCUUAGACGGGCUUCGAAGGUGGCUAACUCUGAUGUCGAGAGACACACACUGGCAAAGUACAUGAUGGAACUGACCCUCCUGGAUUAUCACAUGGUGCACUAUCGGCCCUCUGAAAUCGCUGCUGCUUCUCUGUGUCUGUCUCAGUUGCUGUUAGAUGGCCUGAGAUGGUCCCCAACACAGCAACACUACUCAACCUAUGAUGAGGCCCACUUGAAACCAAUCAUGCAGCACAUUGCCAAAAACAUUGUGACUAUAAAUGAGGGGAAAACAAAGUUCCUGGCUGUGAAGAACAAAUACUCGAGCAGCAAGCUGAUGAAAAUAAGCCUCAUUCCGCAGCUGAAUUCCUCAGUUGUAAAGAACAUGGCAGCUCCUUUGCUCAGCAGUUCUUGAGGAACGCAGUCUGACAUUUCACUUGCACUUUAUCUUCAACUGAUGGCUGUGGAGAAACUCCUAGUUUUAUUUUUUGGGGUUGUGUGUGUUUUUUUUUUUUUUUUUUUUUUUUUUUUUGUACAAUGAUAGAAGGCAAAGUUCCAAACUUGAUACCUGGAUAAUUAUCAUAGUGGUUAAAUUUUUUAUUUUUUUUUUCUCCUCCCUUGACUUGUUGUACAGCUGGAUUGUGCUAAACUUGAAUGUUCUUUGUAAGUGGAGAGAGUGCUGUAGCUUUAUUGACUCAUUGGGUUAAGUUGUAAUUUAUGCUUAAUCCUUAACAGUCUCAUAGUACAGGUUUGCUUGCGUUUGCAAUGUGGAAGCUCUUAUUCAGUUUUAAAAACUCGAAAUAAACAUCAUUGGGGCUUUGAGCUCCCUUUUUUUCUAA